AAGUUUCAACAGUUAAGUUAACCUCCUCAUCUGCUAUGUGUAUCAUGACAGUAAAUAUUCCACUUGAUUGUUUUCUGUUCUAUUAAUUUCAUUUCUGUUUUUACGGAGUGAGAAACGCUCCGAACGAGACAGUGCGCGAGCUGUCUGAACGACUCGGACCAUUUUGCUAACCCGUUUUACUUUGAAGGAAUCGACUCAAAUGAGUAGCCUAAUUCAUUCGUAAAUCGGGCAUCACUAGUUCUGAUUCUAAACAAGCGACAGAAAUACGGGACACACGACAUGAUUGCUAAAAUAAUGUCAGGGGAAAUGUUUCUUCACACAGUCUUCAUACAGAGGAUAAUCUGCGGGCUGUUUCAAACAUUUUUUGGGGGGUGCUACGGACUUUCUUGGGGAGGCUGAAGCAAACGCUAGCCCCUCCCUAGCGCCGUCUCUGUCAAGGGCAUCUCGGACCCUGGAUGACAGUAGAAGUGACCAGUCACCCUCUGUGGAAGAAGAUCUUCAGAAGGUGGAUGAUGACUCAGGCUCAGAAACAUUGUGGGAACAGUAGUGAGCAGCCCCAUAACCUGGUCGAUCAUCAGUCUCUGGGCCCUGACACAGCUGAAGACAUGGUUUUAUCCUUGUUCAUUGUGUGCAACAAAAAAUAUUUUGCUGUAUCAUUGGACUGCAGAUGCAGCUGUGCUAAUAAUAUAAAAAAAUACAUGGUGCAACAUAAAGAAAUUGAGCAAUUGUGUGUAUGCGCGCGCACAAAAGAUGAAUAAAUGGUUACUGGUGGAUUUUUUUCUUCUGUUAGUCAUUUUUUUUUAACUUAAUUUCUUAACAUUCAAUAAAAUGUCUUUAUGAUUCACUAUAUUACUUAAUUCAUUAUAUCACUAAAAUUACUUAAGCUAAAUAUAUCUUUAUCAUUAAAUUGUGGAUAUAAUCUUAAUAGAUUUUAAAGGACAGUCUGAUUAGGUAAAUUGCACUCCCACGCUUAUGACCUCUCCUGGAAAUGGCAGUGUAUUGCAGUCCUAAAGUGACAACUACUGUACCCCAAGUGGAGUCACCGCUAAACCUUUGCCUCAAGGAAGUUUUUUGCACUGUUUCGGACGGUCGAACAUAAUGUACUGUUUAAUCUAAAAAUUAGUCUAUUCUGUUAUUGCAAAUAGGUUAUAUACGUUAUUUAAAGAGAGAUAAAAACACAUAUAGUGUAUUGUUUAUGGCGCUCAGUGUUGUGGAUCGGUUGUUUUGGUCAGGUGCAGCAGCGUACGCAGUAUUCAGUGUCUAUCUGCUAGCAAGAUGUGUGUACGGUGCUUAUGAAAAGGUGAGAGAUCCUCUGAUAAGCAAACUCUCUGAGGAGUCACUCGCUGGCAGGACAGGUGAUGAAAAUGACAACGAUGAGGAAUUAUAUGCAACAGUUUUGUGGUCUCUUGCAACGGAUAGUUAUUGUAUUUGGGUACUUGUGAACACAGUUUGCUGCUUUCUCCUGCUGAUGGCAAAAUGUAUCCAGAUUAUUGUGUUUGGGGAUCUCAGAAUAAAUGAAAAACAGAACCUCAAGGACAAAUUCUGGAACUUUAUUUUCUACAAGUUCAUCUUUGUCUUUGGUGUGCUGAAUGUGCAGACAGAGGGAGAGCUGGUUAUGUGGUGUCUGUGGUUCAUUGCACUUCUCUUUCUCCAGCUGUUGGCCCAGCUCUGCAAGGAUCGUUUUGAGUAUCUCUCAUUCACUCCCACCACGACUCUGAGCAGCCAUAAGCAUGUGUUGCUCGUGUUGAUGUGUUUGCUUGUGUCCUAUGGGGGGCUCACUGUAAUAUUUGGCCAUCUGGGGUACUCCAAUGGUAUGCACACUCUGUCCUUUAUGGCAGUUGAAGGUCUAAUGGUAAUUGUAUAUAUGAGCCAUGUAAUUAUACGGUGCAUAAUUCACCUGUAUGACUUGAGCUGUGAAGGUUCCUGGGACGAUAAAGAGGUCUAUAUUUAUUACACAGACUUUAUCAUGGAUAUGGGCAUUCUUUGCCUAGACCUGAUGCAUCAUAUUCACAUGCUGCUCUAUUGGAAUAGUUGGUUCUCCGUUGCUGAUUUGAUUAUAUUGACACAGCUGCGUGUCAUGUCUCAGGAAAUGCAACACAGAUUACUUCGACACAAAACCUACCUGCAUAUUUUUCAUGUUAUGGACAUCAGGUUUUCCAUGGCUACAUUAGAAGAGCUGGCAUCUCAUGAUGAUAGAUGUGCUAUUUGCUUGGAAAAGAUGCGCACAGCUUGCAAACUUCCCUGUGGGCACCUAUUUCACAUGUCUUGUUUGCGUUCAUGGCUGGAGCAGGAUAUGUCAUGUCCCACUUGUAGGAUAUCUUUCAAUAUCAGUGCCAGAAGUGGUCAUACCACAGAUGAGCAGGAGGGGGCAUCACUGAGAGGCAGUUUGGGCCCUGCUACUGAGCCAAGCCCAAACAGCUCUAAUCAAUCACCUCAAUCACAUUCAGUUUGAUGGUUCUCAUAUUGCUAGCUGGAUGCCUGGAUUUUCAGCUGAAUUUGUGCACUCUUCUAGUAGUUCUUCUACAGACAGACCACUCACAGGUUCACCUGGAGGAAGAGUUGUUUCAUAGAUAUACCAGAGGAGUCAAUGCAAGAUUUUAAACCAAAAAAUGAAGAAAAACCUGCAGUGACAGCAUUUUGAGAAACCUGAGCAGGUGUUAAAAGAGUGAGACAUCCGCUUAAAAUCGGUUGAUGGAAGUCUUUGAAAGUUAAAGUCUGUGCAACAUGAAAUGUCUACAAGUGGAAGUUAAACAUAGAAAUAUUGAAAGUGUGUAUUUUCAACACAAUGAUUAGUGGCUGUAAUAUAGCUGUUAUUUGGGCAUAGUCUCACUAUUCCACUAUUGAUAAAAACUAUAAGGUCAACAGUUUGACAUUUUCCCUAAGAAAUUGAAAUAUUGUAUUAAAUAUUGCAUUGUGUUUUUAACGUGCAAGCAGCAAUUGUCGGGGUUCAAGCCUUUUAAGAACUUUCAAAGUAUGCAAAAAAGGUAUGUAUUUGUAUAUGUAUAUGUACUUUGUAAGUUGCUGAAUUUGCAAACUGGUGUUAGAUAUGACUCUGAUGUCUUGUGUUCAACGGUCCUGAAACAGGAUAAUUGUUAUGGUGGUCAUUUCUUUUUCUUUCUUUUUUUUUUUUUUUACUUUUUAAUUGUUAUAUAGCCUCAAAGCACCCAAUCUCCAAAAAGGUUUUAGAAAUUUUAAUAUUUGUUUUAGGAAUUAUAGGCUUUUGGAUACACUUGGUCAAACCCACAUGAUAAAUGC